AUCAUCCUGUCGUCCAGGGUAUCGCUUACGAAUGUCGCGCGAUCGAGCGAUCCGUCUGCGAUCCACGACGACGUCCGGCGAGGACGUCCCGGCGACGGUCGCGCAUCGACUGCGACUCCCGACGAGCGGCAGUCACCACGUCUGAGCGACGAUCACGUACCCCUACGUGUGCCGGGUUCUCUGAUAUGCGAUCAUCCGCGAGGGACAACCGGCGAACGGACGCGCCGCGCGAGAUCACGAGGGAUCUCGCCUAACCGUCGGCCGGUCGACGGUAUCCGGAUACGGUAUCCGGGAAGCGGACGAGCACCGAGUAAGCGUCGACGACGAGAACGACGCGCGGCUACGAGGAGGAACAGGAGCGGGAGCUCCGGCCUCGUUCGAGGAGUCGGACCGGGCUAGCGGGGCUAGCCGAAGAACCACCGCAGAGGGAGGUCACCCUGGUGCCGGGUGGGCAGGCACGAAGAAUGUCCGGCGAGACGGAGAUCGAGGUGUCGGUCGUAUCGGAGGAGGACUUGGAGCUGGAGGGUUCGCGUAGCAGCUCGACGCCGGCGGAGCUGCUGCUGCAGGAGAAGAACGGCAAGUCCGGCUGCGGUCUCAACAAUCACCAUCACUCGUUCAGCUUCGACUCGGUGAGCAAACCGGCGCUGAGGCCGGCCUGCAACCCGCAGUACACGUCCUUCAGCAUCUCCAGCAUACUCGGCCGGCCGGAAUCGCCGCCGGUAGACUCGACCACCUCCACGGGAUCGGGCGAGAGGCAGUCGUCGGACGUAGACCGGACGUCGCCGCUGCCGCCGGCGAACUCGCACAACUCGCAGAGGAUCCCGCCGUCCUGCGGCAGCCCCGGCAGAGUCACGUCCUCGCCCACGUCGCUGAGGUUGUCCGGCGGCCAGCGCGGCAUCGGCACGAGCGGCGGCCACGCCGGGUUGGAGCCGAGAACAAAUUCCGCGAGUAUCGGUAUCGGAUGUGCUACCAGUGCUACCAGUCCGGCCGCGACCUUCUCGCCACCCGGCGACGCUUCCACCAAUCCGCUGCUGGGACACCAGGCGUCGGCGGACCUCGCGAUGCUAUCAAGACUGAUAGCGAGCCGAUAUCCGGUCAGCAUCGGCGGCCUGUUCUACCCGUCGACGCUGCAGCAUCUACACCAGCAACAGCAGCAGCAUCAGCACCACUCGCGACUAGCUGCCGCGGCGUCGUCCGCCCUCAGCAACGUUGCCGGCCAAUCGCCAGAUAUCGUCGACGCCGACGGCAUCCGCGGCGUCCUCCUCGGCGGUGCCGGAUGGCCGUUUCCAUGGAGGCCGACGCACAGCCUGCAAACCCUCGAGCAUCCCUCACCGGGCGACGUGGUCGGUACCCUCAGUCGCGUCAGCCCCGCGUCCGCAACUUUCCCGCAGCGAGACGAGCUCGACGAUGAUAACGGCGACGAUCGUCUGCAUCGCGCGAGGAGUCCAUCGAGCGGCGACGAGGCGCACGACGACCUCGGCGACGCGGAUGACUGCGCGGAUGCCGACGGCGAGGGCGAAUCCACAUCGACGAGUCUCCACGGCGGCACCUCGGUGAGCGGUGGCGGUGGAGGUGGCGGCGGAGGUGGCGGUGGUGGAGGAGGCGGCAGCGGUAACGCGCACGGCGGCCAGGGCAAUGUGCAGGUCGGCGUGGACGGCCGCGAGUCGAACAACAUGAAGCGCAAGAAGAAGACCCGGACGGUGUUCUCCAGGUCGCAGGUGUUCCAGCUGGAGUCGACGUUCGACAUGAAGCGCUACCUAUCGUCGUCCGAACGCGCCGGGCUGGCCGCCUCGCUCAGGCUCACGGAGACCCAGGUGAAGAUCUGGUUCCAGAACCGACGGAACAAAUGGAAGCGCCAGCUGGCCGCCGAAUUGGAGGCGGCGAACAUGGCGCACGCCACGCAGAGGCUGGUUCGCGUGCCGAUUCUUUACCACGAGGCUUCAGCUGGUACAGGCGCGCCCGGAGUGUCCGUGUCGGUGACAGCACCAGGGCCACCGGGUCCACCAGGUCCCCCGUCCUCGGUCGGUGUGACUUCCGGCCUGUCCGCGCACUCCGUCGGCGUGGGCGUCGGCGUCGGCGUAGGCACCUCGUGCGCGCCCACCACAGCGCAGCCCAUCUUCUAUUCCCAUCACCAUCAGCACCACCAUCACCACCCGGUGGCGGCCCACGUACAGGCACACACCCUCCUGUCCCACCAGGUACACCCGCAACCGCCACCCCCGCCACCGCCGCCGCCUAACGGCCAACCACCGCGGACGUCCUCGCAAUAACACCGUCCGACGACCUACGAGGGCAGCGUGCGGCUGCUAAGGGAUGCGACCCCGAUCGUCAGGGCUCCGCUGGUGAUCAGCGUGAACGACGCGGCGACGACGACGCACUUGGCACGACCAUCGAUCGGCAUCGAUGAGUGAGAACGAUCGUCAGCGUGGCACCGUCACCCUCAUCGCCGAUCCCGCGAUGAGACGAACCCCCGCCACGAAUGUCCCCCUCGGCGGUAAUCGAGCGCGUUGGAAUUUCGAAUGGUUUCAUUCCCGAUGUGCGGACGCGCGAUCCAGGCCGAUUCUUUGAAUAAAUGUGAGUACAGGCGAGACGCGUGGAGUUUUAAUUCAGUUUCGCGCAAGAUUGCGUUUUUUGGUUUAAUUUAAUGGCCGGAAGGGUUGAAAACGGAUCGAAUCUAGGGUGAAUAAUGUCGAUGUCCUUUCGCAAGGACCGUUUACUUUGGUCUUUAUGAAAUUGGUGUCAGUCCAGCUGGAUAUUCCUUUCUCGUAUUCGAAAUGCUCUGUAUUAUAAAAUUAAUAUAUUGUAUAAAUAAUUAUGUGUAUAGAGAACGACGGACCUUUGAGUAUACGUCUACAAAUGAAAGAAUAUUCGAGUAAAUUCUGGCUACUACGAUUGGACACAUAAUACGAAGCUCAUAAUAUGAAGUACGUUCUGUCCGAGCGUAAACUCUAUGAAUUAAAACUCUACGUUUAGCGAGCAUAAGCUUAUACUCACAUCUAUUCGGUGUAGUGUCCAUUGUUAUGUAGAAAGAGAAUAAAUCCUUCGUGAGUUAUUGGAUAAAAUUAUUUUUGGUGCUUGACAAGAGCAGAGAUUCUCGAUGAAACUUUGUUUAAUUUCAGAUAAAAACGUCAAGAGCCGUACCAAGUUGCCGUACGGUAUAUAAGUCAAUAAUCGUUUUUAUCAAAGUAAUAUUUUUUAUUAAAGUAAUAUAUUAUCUUCGUUUGAUUAGUACCGAAUUUUAUUUGUUGCCUCACGGUAGAUAUGUGAAAUUCUAAUAUAUUUUACUGCCCUUCCGGAAGCUGGCAGGACGCUCCGACUUGUACCUUUCGUACCAAGCGCCAAAAAUACUUAUUUGCACUUGCGUAAGCGUGCGGGGAAUUGCGAUUAUUAAUGAUUUCGUGUCCCUUCCUUGAGCCUUGACGGGUGACGGAAGUUCGCCGCGAUCUUGUACGGUUUCUCUUCCGGUUUAUCGAUGUAACAAUAGCGCGCGCCAGCGUGCAACGUUGUCGCUUCCAGUUUGCUUGUGUGUUGUGCGCAACGGGACGCGAAUUUUCACGGUUUCGACGGACAGGAAUUAGACCUUCGUUUGCGUUCGAUUUUCGAUACCUCGAGUCUCCGUAGGUAGGUAUAACAGUAACGAUUACAUCCGGUGUGUGCGCUCGCGCAUAUACACGCACACACACGAAACGAACAAUCCGCGCGGAAUGCAAAAGUGGAAAUUUCGUGCCGUCCCGCGUGCGAUUACGCGACGCCCGAUAUCUCCGAUCGUCGUCGAAACGGUAUUCGUUUCCGAUCGUUUCCGUUUCGUUUCCGUGUAAAUAGAGUUUUCUCGCGCAAAACUGCAAUCCGCGUGCUGCGCCGAGGGAGACGCGCGCGCGCUGAAAAACCUACCCCCGUGACCGGGAGCGCCGUUAAUAUAAUCCAGGGAUUAAAAUGUCGGUAGAAUUUCGGCGGGCUCGAUUUUCAGCUAGGUACGGCGGAUAUGGAAAAGCGAGCGGGGCCUUACGCGACCGACCGUCGCGUUUCCGAUGUCGCGUAUAAGCACGGAGAUCGUUUUCGCGUGUCUACCGAAAUUCGAGCUCGCUGAAAUUACGCUGGUUUCAAUACCUGAAUGUAAUCGGGAUUCGCUGUGGUUGUAAGAUUGGACAGAGAGAGAGAGAGAGAGAGACACGUACACACAUAUACAGAACACACGGACACGCAUACACGUUAAAGACACCGGCAGGGUUCCUACGAUAUAUUCCACCUGUUGUGAUAAGUAUCUAAACGAAUAAUUUUAUUAAACAGAACGGUAGAGCUACGAAGUACCGCCUCUCUCGCAUUGUAUAUCAACCUUAUCUGUAGACGUCAAUUAAGGAGAAGGUUCGCCGUAUCGUGUUUUAUACGGACAUUUGUGAUCCGAGACCUCAAGAUUAUUGUACAGCCGAUCGUUUCGUAAUCGCUAAAUAAUGAUCGUUGAACCAUAUAUACGAUGCACACGUCGUUCAGAUUUCCUCAACUCAAGAUCAGUCGCAGGUCGAUGAGCUGCGCCGCGAUCCCCGAUCGCCGAGAUCAUCUCGGCGAGAUGGCAUUCCCUCGCGGAUUCAGGAUCGACCAGGAUGAUUGAACAGAAAAUGCGAAUGUCGUUUAAACCGGCGCGUUUUACCGUGGCGCCCGUAAAAAGAUAACGGUGGAACAAUGGAGUGCGCCGGCAGCGUUCACAUAAAAAUCCGGAGCUCGGGAUUAAAAUUAAUUGUUGUGCGGCUUCACAGAGAGGGGUGGCCCGUCUCCUCCCUUCCCGACGUAACUAAACAAAUUGACGCGGGGAUCAAAUGCAACGUUCCCGCUUUCAAAAAUAAAAUCGACGGGCGACUCUUUGAUGGAAUCGCGAUCCGAAAGAAUCGAAGUGCGUCAGUUAAUAAAAACCCAUUGAUUCGCGUUUACGUUGCCGUCUAUUACCGUGUCCGCAGGAUCGCGAAUGUGGAUCGCCAGAUCCGCGGUUCCCGGUGAAACGGGAGAUAUUAAUAAUGGAAAAAGAAUCUAGAUUACGCGUUCGUUUCAUUACAUUUCAGGGCUUCCUAAAUUCGCGAGCGUAGAGACAGAGAGGGACGACGUACGACGAGAUAAAUUCUCUCGGAACUGGACAUCGAUCGACCAUCAAAUCAGAAUUCGUAAAACGGAAGCCUAAAACCCUCUGUUAAAUAAUUAAUUCAAAGAUCAUUCGAUCUACAAAAAUCGAGAAGGUCCUCUAACCAGUAAACCAGUAAAUUAUUCAUAACAUCAC